UGAUAUUUUGAGAACCCCUGUGUCUUGUUGUUAUCAGUCUUAUCACUAAAUGUUGAAAGCUAACGGAAAUCUCGUGUUUUCGACUUCGCUGUAAAGUAUAAACAAAAAAACAUUAUAUUAUAAUUAUAUUUCCCAUGUCAGUUGUCUGUCAGACUUCUUUGCAUUUACCAAAAUAACAUAGUCAAAGAUAUUUUUAAACUUAGGGUAAAUCGUUAUCUAUUAAUCUUGACGUUAAAAUAUUCGUUACCAUGAAUAGAAGAUCAAGUUUAAAUUCGACCUCCGACGAUACCAUGUCUUGCGAAGAGGAGUUUAAAGCUUUCAAAAACCAAUUGAAGUCCGUCCAAAACACGGUGGAAAAGCUAAAUGGCAAAAUUGUGGAUAAGACUUUGUGCAUGGCUGAUUUAACGUACAUGGACAACGAAAUGAAAUUAAUGAAUGAACUUGAACAAAAAAUCACAUCUGAAAAAAUGAAAUCAUGUUACGUGUCAUAUAAGUCUGUAUCGUUAAGAAUGACGCAGGAAUCAUAUCGCAUUUGCAGUUGGUUAUUGGAAAAAGAAACCAGUGAAAUGGACAACAAGUUUGACAUAGAUACUUUUAUAGACAAAAUUAUUGAAUCAUGUGCCGGUAAAGAAAAUCCUUUAUUGCAUGUUGACUAUUUAUUCAGAGACGUUGUGAAGAAUACAAGAUAUUUUGACUUGUCUGUAUACGGGAACAUUAAAGCUGAUGAAAACGAGACUCGACCGAUAACGCUGACCCAAGCGAAAAAAGAUAUUAGAAGAUCUCAAAAACGUCAAUUAGAAGCCCAAGUUACUCCUGAUGAAGUAGCCAACGAAACUGGUGACAAUGCGCUGCAGCAAACACUUGUAAGAGUGAUGCAAUGUCUUAAAGUAGCCGUUGCCAAUAACGGAGGCAAACCCGUGCUGUUCUAUAUGUUUGCUAUCGAUCCAGUCAGUCUGACAUACACUGUGGAAAAUCUAUUUCACUUGGCUUCUUUAGUUAAAGAUCGUCUUGUGAUAAUAGAAAGAAAUGAUACAGGCACUGAUGAGUUUACAACCAUAACAUUUAUGAAAAAAAAGAAAAGUGAAAAUAACGAUAACACAGAAAAUAAGGACGACAUAAUAUCAACAUUGUUCACCAUAAAUUAUGACUUGUGGAAGACUUACAUAAAGAAGUACAAUAUAACAGAGCGGAUGAUAACUCAAGAUAAUUAGCAAAUGAUUUAUUUUAAAACCUAUUUGCAAAAACGAAAAUUAAGAAAAAAGAAAUCUCAUUUUUACCACCCUAAUUACUAUUUACCAGAAUUUGUAUUUAUAAGGAUUGCCCUGUGUGAUGUUAAGUCGCCUUGUAUUGUUAUAUUAUUAUGAGUUGUUUAAAAUGUUAAUACUCGUUUGAGUACAGAUAAUACCAUUUAUACACAAUUAUUUUGCAUUUUGUAUGUUAUGAUUUAUGUGUACAU